GCGCUGAACCUCGGUCAAGGAGCCGCGGCAUAACUGACAAGCGCUUUUUGGCUGGGGGAUGCAGAUAUGGCAGAUUGCGGACAAGGAGAACCGGGGCUUCCUCACACCUGCUGGCUUCGGCCUCGUCCUGCGGCUUAUCGGGCAUGCGCAGGCCGGCCGCGAACCGACAGCCGAGCUGGCCCUUCAACAAGGACCGCUCCCCAGGUUCGAUGGCUUCACACCAACUCCCGCACCACCUGCGCCGCCGGCGCUGCAAGCCCAAGGGACUGGUGCUUCCGGCCCGAUCCGGAUCCCACCCCUGCUGCCGGAGAAGGUGGCGCAGUACGCCGGGCUGUUCGAGCGCCAACCCCUCCAGAACGGCAUGCUGCCCGGCGAGGCUGCGAAGCAGAUCUUUGAGAAAUCAGGCCUGCCGAACGAAAUACUUGGUCGGAUCUGGAUGCUUGUCGACACGGAACAGCGCGGCGCCCUGGCGCUGACAGAGUUCGUCAUUGCCAUGCACCUGCUCACUUCCAUGAAGACGGGAGCGUUGCGUGGCCUCCCCUCCAUCCUCCCAGCUGCCCUCUACGAGGCUGCUACUCGCCGCGCUCCGGUCGGUGGUGCCGGUAUCCCUAGGCAGCAGUCGCCAACAGCCGCCACGUCACCGCCCAUGUCGGCUGUCCCUAGGCAGCUUACUGGGCAAGGGCCUCUGCCGCAGAUGCGGACAGGCAGCCCCCUUGGUCGUCCGCCGGUAGGAGCGCAGACGACUGGAGACUGGCUGAUUACGGCGGCAGACAAGGCAAGGUUCGACCAACUCUUUGAUGAGCUGGACAAGGCCAAGAAGGGCUUCAUUACGGGUGAAGAAGCAGUUCCCUUCUUUAGCCAGUCCAACCUCUCGGAGGAUAUUCUUGCGCAGAUCUGGGACCUCGCGGAUAUCCACUCGGAGGGCCGUCUGUCGAGGGACGAGUUCGCCGUUGCCAUGUAUCUCAUCAGGCAACAGAGAAGCAAACGGGACGGCUCGGUCGCGCUACCUGCCACUCUACCCCCUAAUCUCGUGCCGCCGAGCAUGCGCGCACAACCGGGCCGUCCGACAACGGCGCCUCUCGCUGCAGCUUUCGAACCUUCCCCGCGGCCGCAACCGAAGCCGUCUGCGCUGGAUGACCUGUUUGGCUUGGACGAUGUGCACCCGCCCGCACCGGCCCAGGUCGCCGUCGGCACGGGCGGAUCUGCGGGCGGAGACCCCUUUGCGACUAGUGUCAGCCCGGCAGCGCCGUCUUCGCCUUCCAGGCCUUCUCCUUCCGCGUCGGCCUUCAAGCCUUUCGUCCCUUCUUCCUCCUUCGGGCGAGGCCUCACUGCGCAGGUGACCGGCGGCUCUAAUACCUCGGCCCCGGCUAAGGCUGCUGCUGCGGAGGACGACCUCCUGGGCGAUACCGAGCCGGAGGUGAGCAAGAAUCUCAACAACGAGACUACUGAGCUCGCGAACUUGUCCAACCAGAUCGGCUCCCUCACGAAGCAGGUGCAAGACGUGCAGGCCCAGCGCACGGCUACGCAGAACGAGCUGAGCCAGGCGAGCAUCCAGAAGAAGAACUUUGAGCAGCGUCUUGCCCAGCUUCGCGCCAUGUAUGAGAAGGAGGCGCAAGAUGUACGCUCGCUGGAGACGCAGCUCACGACCUCCAAGAACGAGACGAAGAAGCUACAGGCGGAGUUCGCCAUGAUCGAUGCGAGCUACCAGGAACUGCAGAACCAACAUCGCCAGAUCCUCACGGCGUUGCAGGCCGACCAGCAAGAGAAUGCGAACCUUAAGGAGAAGAUCAAGACGGUGAAUGCUGAGAUUGCCCAGCUGAAGCCGCAGAUUGAGAAGCUGAAGUCGGAGGCUCGCCAGCAGAAGGGCCUCGUUGCGAUUAAUAAGAAGCAGCUGGCCACCAACGAGGCCGAGCGGGACAAGCUCAAGGCGGAGGCUGAAGACCUCGCCAGGAGCAACGAGGAGCUGGCCCGCCAGAUCAGCGCCAGCAGCUCGCAGGGGCACGCCCAGGUCGCGAGUCCCGCCCUGUCGACCGCGAGUGCUAAUAACCCUUUCUUCAGGCGGACUGGCAGCACCGAUAUCGCCGCGACGUUCUCCCCUCCGAUCAGGUCGUUCACCGAUAAGACGUUUGACGACGUGUUCGGCCCCGGCCCCGUCGGGCCGGGCAGCCAGACCGGCACGCCGCCUGCGCCGGCCGCUGCGGCUGUCUUCAAGCAAAAUACCGGCACGUCGACGGGCAGUGUCGGCUCGUUUGCCACGCCUGGCUCGGCCAGCCCCAACCUCAACCGUCAGCCUGCUCACCUGGCCGAGUCGGCCCCGGCAGAGGCUGCUGGGCGGAGCACCAACAACUUCCCCCAGUUUGGGGAUGCUGCCGAGUCUCUGAGCACCUCGCGCCAGGUCUCGCCGCCUCUUAGCCAGACCGAGGCGAAUCAGGAUGCGCAGUCGUCCGCCUCUCCCAUGGAGCCUGCGCGGACGGGCCAGAGUUUUGCAUCGGGGUCCGGAUCGGAGGCGGCGAGGGCUGCCUCACCCGCUUCGGAGACCAAGGCCGCCCCCAGUGCCUUCGCGCCGAUCGCGGAAGAGCCGAGCAAGACCCCCGCGACGGGCACCAACGCGCCUAGUUCCUUUGUGGUAGAUCAGGACAAGGCGAAGGAGGACUUCGAGUCGGCGUUUGCCAGCUUCAAGCAGGCCAGGGCCGCGACCAGUUCGAGCGCUGACACGGCGAAGGCCUUCUCAACCUUCAACACCGAGUUUCCACCCAUUUCCGAGCUGGAACGCGAUGAUGAAUCGGACUCAGAGAGCGAGCGGGGUGGGUUUGAUGACGACUUUGCUCCGGCUUCCCCGCCAUCAAAGCCAGCUGAGGAGGCCCAGUCCAGGUCGGCCUCGCCGAACGUGUCCAAGUCCGCGCCUGAUACGGGUGCCGCUGCGGCGUCGGCUGCGGCCGCUGAGCCUGCCUCGAGCGAGAAUCCCGUUCCUACUACUACUGCUUCUACCACCGGGCUCAGCAAUCUCAGUAGUUCCAACGUCGACGACAUCUUCGGCGCAGCUGCCGGGUCCCAGCCCGCCGCCGCCGCUAGCUCAGCUAGCCGACCAACAACCGCAGCCACCGCCACCAAGGGCGCAUUUGACGACCUCGACGACGAUUUUGAAGGGCUCGAAGAUGCCAAAGAGGGUUCGGCCGAUGACGACUUCGCUAACAUCUCGCGCUCCGGCCUGGACGACUUCAAUCCCGUCUUCGACAGCAGCCCGCCGCCGAGCCAACCCAAGAGCGACUCGGGCCCGGUUUUCGGCACAGAGAGCAGCUUCGACUUCGCCUCGCUAUCGACGGCCUCAGCGGCGGGCAGCACCGCCGGCGCGGCGUCGCUCUCCUCGCCCUCGGCCGCCGGGCACCAGGCGGGCAGCGCCAGCGCCGCCAACGCCAAACCGUCCGCCGCCCAGGCAGCAGCCGAGUCCCACGACUGGGACGCGCUUUUCGCCGGCCUCGAAUCCGCCGCCACCCCGACCGCGUCGUCGCACACACUAGCCGGCGGCGACGGCCAGCCCGAGGACCAGCAACAGCAGAACCAGCAGAAGCAACAAGAACAGCAACAGCAGGCUGCAAGACCCGCGCCGGGCAGGGCGCUGACCGAGGACGGCGAGCACGACGACCCGCUCCUGAAGAACCUCACGGGCAUGGGCUACGCGCGCAAGGAUGCGCUGGCCGCGCUCGAGAAGUAUGAUUAUAACCUCGAGAGGGCGGCGAACUACCUGGCCAGCCAGUCUUAGGUCACAAACGAGGUCUGUCUGUCUGCUCGCGACGGACGUUGCUGCCCUCCAGACGUGAUUUCCAGUUGCCCCUCCAUGGAAUAUCUCUGAGC